AUGCCGCAUUCGCACCACUGCGAGCACCUCCUGGAGCGGCUCAACAAGCAGCGCGAGGCCGGCUUCCUCUGCGACUGCACCGUGGUGAUCGGCGAGUGCCAGUUCAGGGCGCACAGGAACGUGCUCGCCUCCUUCAGCGACUACUUCGGCGCCUUCUACCGCGACGCCUCCGACACCAACGUCGUGCUGGACCAGGCGCAGGUCAAGGCCGACGGCUUCCAGAAGCUCCUGGAGUUCAUUUACACGGGGAACUUAAACCUUGACAGCUGGAAUGUUAAAGAAAUUCACCAGGCUGCUGAUUAUCUCAAAGUAGAAGAAGUGGUUAGUAAAUGCAAGAUAAAGAUGGAAGACUUUGCUUUUAUUGCUAAUCCGUCUUCUACAGAGACAUCUAGCAUCACUGGGAACAUUGAAAUGAAUCAGCAGACUUGCCUUCUGACUCUCCGAGAUUACAAUAAUCGGGAGAAAGCAGAUGCUGCUUCUGCAGACUUGGUUCAACCACAAGCAAAGAAAGCAGCCUUAGAGAAGAAAUCUGCUCAAACCAAAAAGCGAAAGAAGAAUUUCAGCCCCCCCAAAAGCAUACAGAAUAAAUCAGUACAAUACGAGAAUGAUGUGGCUGAGAACACGUCCAUCGAGAUGUUCUUAGACGCAAAUAAACUGGCCACGCAGAUAACAGAACAGGCUGCCCAGGGCAGCGAUAACUCUGAACUGCAGUUGUCAUCUGUGGUGGAAAGUGAAACGUUGGCAGCACAAGAUAUCUUAGUUCAGACUCUUACAGCAAAACAAAAACGGGGAAAACCUCAGCCAAACUGUGCGCUGAAAGCACAUUGUAUGUCUAACAUAGCCAGCGAAAAGGGCACUUACCAGCUGGAGGGCUCAGGGGAGGAGCUGGAUCAGAAGUUCUCCAAAGCUAAACCAGUGUGCAACACGUGCGGGAAAGUCUUCUCAGAAGCCAGUAGCCUCCGUCGACACAUGCGGAUCCACAAAGGGGUGAAGCCCUACGUGUGCCAGCUCUGCGGGAAGGCGUUCACACAGUGCAAUCAGCUGAAGACUCAUGUAAGAACUCACACAGGGGAGAAGCCAUACAAGUGUGAGCUGUGCGACAAAGGCUUUGCCCAGAAGUGCCAGUUAGUGUUCCACAGCCGGAUGCAUCACGGAGAAGAGAAACCCUACAAGUGUGAUGUGUGCAACCUGCAGUUCGCAACGUCUAGCAAUCUCAAGAUUCACGCCAGGAAGCACAGCGGCGAGAAGCCCUACGUGUGCGACCGCUGCGGGCAGCGCUUCGCGCAGGCCAGCACGCUCACGUACCACGUGCGGCGCCACACCGGGGAGAAGCCCUACGUGUGCGACACCUGCGGAAAGGCCUUCGCCGUGUCCAGCUCGCUCAUCACCCACUCCCGGAAACACACAGGAGAGAAGCCAUACAUCUGUGGCAUUUGUGGAAAGAGUUUUAUUUCCUCUGGAGAGCUCAAUAAACAUUUUCGGUCCCAUACAGGUGAAAGACCUUUUAUCUGUGAAUUGUGUGGAAAUUCUUACACAGAUAUAAAAAAUCUAAAGAAGCACAAAACAAAAGUUCACACAGGAUCUGAAACCCCCCCCGAUUCCAAUACACUUGAGAAUUCUUUCAAUGAACAAGAAUCCGUUCAGAAAAGUCCUUUAUCAGAGUCUGUAGAUGUGAAGCCCUCCGAGAUGUCUUUACCACUCCCUCUUCCCAUUGGCACUGAAGACCAUCAGAUGCUGCUUCCUGUGACGGGUAGUCAGUCUCCUUCGUCAGAAACGUUACUGAGAUCUGCUGUGACUGGAUAUUCAGAACCUCAGUUUAUUUUCUUACAGCAGUUGUACUGACACUGCAGCAUGGAACCAACAAGGUAAUCAAUAGUGAACUCACAUCCUUUGGUAAGAUGAACUGAUCAUUCACGCAGUUACACUUCAUGGAGUUGGACUUUUUUCCCCUUCUGUGUACAGACACUUGUAAAGGYAUCUCCUUUGUGCAGUGCUGCCUUGCAUUUCUUGUUGAAUUGUGCUAAUCUACAAUCACGUUUCUAAUUGCAGCUAACACUGAUUUCCAGGAGACUAUUCCUUUCCAGCAACACCUGCCUUAAGAAUUCUCUUUUACAUAAGUUAAUGCAUUUUGGAGAUCUCCUCAGUGUUCCUGCUCAUCUGAUUUGUCACAGUGUCAUUUAGGAGCAUACUUUAUAAGCCAUAUUUCUUAGUUUAAGAAUAUUAGCCCAGAUGUAYGAAGGGGAAAAUAAUUGUAAUUCAAAGGAGGAGAAAAAAAAUCCUAAUUGAGAUGUCCUAACAAGCCUGUACUCCUGCAUUCCAAGGUGAUAUCCAGGAGUACACAGUGUAGCAGGCCAGUGCUGUGGUGAGGUGCUUGCAAAGAGUUACUGCUCUCUGCCAGAAGUAGCUGCCUUCGGUUGAAGUCUGACCUGAGGGAAGGAAAACUUGGAUGAACAUCCCUGACAAGGCAAGGUAACGUCCUGACGUAUGUGCUCAGUGGAUAGUCUUACCAAGAUGUCACUCACUUCUUUUUUAAGCAAAGCCAGCAUUGUUGUACCUUGUCCCAGCUUUAUUUUUCAUGCACCUGAAAUCCCAUUCAAUACCCUUGAACAAUACCUUGUCCAUGAAAAAGGAGCUGGUACAUGAGUGUUGUAGACAAGACAAAAAGAUGCACCAGCAUCUUGUGGGGCAUGGAUCAUAGUUUCAUAAUAAUCAUUUCUGUUACAGUAGUGUUUCACAAGGUGGUUCAGUUAGUAGGUACAAAAGAGGAAUAAAUCCCUCCCUUCACUGGGCAAAUACUACUUUAAUACUAAAUGAGGAGGCAUCAAGGAACAAYGCAGCAGAGCAGAUAGAUACUUUUCUGGUGAAGAAUUUAUCAAAAUGUGACUGAUUUAAUUGAAGUAUUUAUGAAUUGCGUUACUUGUCACUUAUCCACAGUGACUUCAUAAAACUGUUAUUUAGCAAGACUCAUGUAAAAMUGUUUUUAUGACCCCCAACCUUGAAUUUUUUAAAAAUAACAUUUUUAGUGUCCCGGUAGGGCUGUUAAUGUCUAACUGACAAAAUAACAGUAUUUUUAUACUCCAUUUUCCAGUUUGUGCCAUUAAUAGCAUAAUGUAAACAUUAUUUAAGUAAUCCUCAAAUAGUAAAAAGUCAUGUAGCUGUACCAACGAUACAUUUAAAGAUACUUAUUUGCUGGUUAGUUACUUGGUGCUAGCAUUUUAUUUUCACUGAUGCCUUGUGUUCAGACACUGAUAAAUAGAAGAGUAUAGAAAAUACCUCUUAUUUGAAUCUGUUUUACAUGAAGUAAAAAUUAAUCUGCACCUUAAUUAAACAGCCUUGUGAAAAAAAAUUAUGGAGGAUUUCAUUUUAAUGUUUUGUAAGCUGUCCCUYGACUCCUGAGCGUGACUGGACUUUUUUUCUUUUCCUACGUGUUGGUACUUGUAAAGGGGAAGACCUUCAACUUCCUUGUGCUGAUCACCCUAGGUUGUGGCAUGUGUCAAACUUGCUUUCUGAUCACAUUUUAUGCUUUAACCCCAUUGUUAGUCUACCACGCAUAACACGAAGUACAGCCCUGUUACCCAGGAAUAUUCUUAUCACAGACAUCCAGAACUAUGUUCAUUGAAGCUGAUUCUUGCCAUGCCUUUCUUGCAUUUAUUUUCUUUGCUUUCCCAUAUGACAAAGGACAAUGGAUGAAGUUCUCUGAUUUUCUGUGAGGCAGCCAUUCAACUCCCCCCCUUCUUUUUAAAGCUUUAUUGUUCACGUAGUACCUCAAGGAUUCCUUGUCAGCUCUCAUUUACAASUGAGGAAUCACAGAGAUCAGGAUCCUGACUCUAGGUAACUAAAGCGAAAAGGCUGUAGCUUGUCCUAUGCUUCCUCACUGCUUUUUCUUUCAGAAAAUGUAGCAUGAUUUUUGGACAGACAUAUCAUGAGUACUGUAAAAGAACAACAUUGUGCAGUUAUUAAAUUAAACACUUAAACAUCUGUGGAAGAUAAACUAAUGAUAGGCUGCUGUAGUAACCUGAGGAAGAGUACAUGAAGAUCAAGAUAUGCAGGAUAUAUGAGCACACGUGAUAAUUAGUUCUGGGAGGAAAAAAACCCACAUUCCUACACAGAAAAUGCAUUCCAAAACAAUGUGGUUUGUUUGUUUUUGGUUUGUUUUUAUAUUUAUAAAAUUAUAGCUUAUUAAUGUAUUCUUAGAUUUCAGACUUUUUGAAAAAUACAUUGCUUAGAUUUAUACAGGAUCUUGUUUAGAUACUUAUAACAGUAACAUUUGCUUUAUAACUCAUUAAAUUUCUGUAUAGACAAGAUAAUCACUAUUUUUUACAAGAUAACCAUUUUAACCUUUCUUAAUAGAUUACACAGACUUGUAGUUUUGUCUCAGAGCAAUAACUUAGUGACCUGCACUCUCAAGUCCCCAUCGGAGAGUUUUGAUUCUUAUCUUUUGUGAAGCUAUCUCAGCUGCUGAGGUGUGGUCUCCUUUAAUGAAUACAAAUUCAUUGCCUAGAAUAUAGAUUUUUAUAUAUACAUAUAUAUAAUUUGUAGGARUGUUCAGGUUGGGUGCUGUAGGACCUGAAGAGGCAGGUCUGUACUGUAGCUUUUGCUGAUGCACAGAAAGCAGCUGCACAUCUGAUUCACAGACUUAAGGAUUCC